AGACACUCUGCCCCCCCUCCCUCCGCGCCCACUCCCCAUUUCUGCCGUUUUUUGUUUCCCCCCUCUGCCGCUCCCUCGUCUGGCCCUCCCCGCCAUCUGCUCCCGAGUAUGCCUGCCGAUCCGCCGCUAUCGGUGCCCGGUGCGCCGGUCCUCUGCGCGGAGCCGCUUUACCAUCCGGCCUGGCCGGACGUGUGUGGCGCUUGCCUGGCGUCCAUGUCCAGCGGCGCGGAGGCCACCGGCGUGCCGGAGGCCACCGGUUGCUCGAUCUGCGGCACGGACGUCCCGGCCGGCAGCCGAGCCCUUGGCCCGCUGAAGCCCGGAGUGCUGACUGCCCUGGAGUUCUUCUCCGGGCUCGGUGGUCUGCACAUGGGUCUGUGCGCGGCCCUCUCGCCCGCGGCAUACCCCGCCGGCCAUCCGUCCGGGCUGAAGGGCGCGGCUCCAGGGGUGCUGGGCCUGCGCCCCCGGGUGGCGGCCGCCUUCGACCUGAAUGACCGAGCCAACGCCGCGUACGAACACAACUUCGGCCUGCCGGCCAUGCGACGCUCGAUCGAUUCCCUGCGACCGGAGCAGCUCCCCCGGGCGGACGUGUGGCUCCUGUCGCCGCCCUGCCAGCCGUACACUCGCGGCGGCCGGGCGCGCGAUGAUGCGGAUUUCCGGUCCACCGGGCUGCUGCGCCUGGUGCGCAUCCUGGCCGCGCUGCCCCGCACGCUGGAGGACGCGGCGGCGGCGGCGGCGGCGGCGGCAUCCACCACGGCCGGUGGUCCAGCCGAUGGUGUGCCGGCUGCCCCGCGGCCCCCGGCAUACCCGCCCCUGCCGAAGUACCUGCUGCUGGAGAAUGUGCCCGGCUUCGAGCGGUCGCGCAGCCGUGCGCGUCUGGUGUCGGUUCUCCUGAGCCGCGGGUAUGCGGUCGAGGAGUGGAUGGCCAGUCCGCGAGCGCUCGGCGGUGGCAGUGGCCAUGGCGGCGGCACCUACCCGUAUGAGCGCGUGCGCUACUUCCUACUGGCUCGCCUGGCUGGCGAGGGGUCGCUUGCGCCGCUUCGCACGCUGCGACCCCCGCACGCGGCCGACGGCACCGGGGCCACUGCCCUGCCGAUCUCCACCUUUUUGGACACCUUGACCCCGGAGGAGGAGGAGCCCUUCCUGGUGCCGGAGGCGUACAUCACCCGGCCAGUGGGCUUCCGGUUUGAUCUUGUUUUCCCGGAGGACACCCACCUGCCGUGUUUCACCAAGGCCUACGGUUCGCAGCACAUCUUCGGCAGCGGGGCCUUCCUGGCCACGCGCCCCUGCCCGGAUCGGUCCACGCUUGACCUGACCAGCGGCCAGGAGGUGCUGGCCCUGCGUCCGCGUUUCUUCACCCCGCGCGAAAUCUGCCGCAUGCAUGGCCUGCCAAUCGACGGCUUCACGCCGCACGCACAUGGCCUGUGGCCGGCUGUUCCGGGGAUCGGCCCUGCCGGCGACGAGGGUGGCGCCUCGACCGGGCGGGAGUUCACCUUCCCGCCGGAGAUCGCCGCCGUGCCGCGCCACGCCUUCGAGCUGCUGGGCAAUAGCCUGAGUUCGGCGGUGGUGGGGCACCUGCUGCGUCGGCUGCUGGCCCGGCGCGCGUGUGUCCCGGACGCCGAGGCCACAGGGGCAGCCCUGCCAGAGGACUGGUCUGCCAGCGUGGCCUGGGAGCGGAAUGCCACGGUGCCAGCCCCGGCCGAGGAGUAUGCCGAUGCCGGGGUGGCCCAGCCGGACCUGCCGCCGGUGUGGGAGCCGCCGGCCCUGUGGCGGGAGGUCAUUGGCCCGCUUGCCCCGCCGCAGGUGGACUUGCCGCCGCGCAAGCGGAACCGCCAGAAGUAGGGCUGGUAGCCAUAUGCUGCCCCUGGCUGGACUUGGGCCGAGGGAAGGGGGGCAGUGUGUGUGUGUGUGUGUGU